GGGUAAUUCGGAGAUGUGACAAGACAAGAAGAUGCCCGUCUGUCACGAGAAGAUCACUCGUGGGGAAAGUAUGCGCGCGUGUGUUAAUGAGGCAGCACGUUUGUGAUAAGGCUUCAGAAGAGAGCUGCGAGGGGAAGGGUUGAGCAAGCGGACCCAACCAGAACUGAACUUCCUUCCUGUGCUGCCCCAACUCGAGAGCGACAAUGCUUUUAUAAAUGGACGCUCUAAUGUGGCGCUUCCAGUCUCCUCGGCAGCUUUGCACCGUCGAACGCCGCAGCCAGCCACGGUCCUCGCCGUAAUCUAUCUCAAGCAUGGACCCGAUUGCUUUGGUUGUGCGUGCGCUUCUCCUUUGCGGGCUGCGGGGAGGUGCGCUCUCCCUGAGCGGACAUUGCACCGAUAAGCAGUGUUACGCGCUUUUCGUGGAACCGAAAGACUUCCAAGAAGCGCGGAAAAGCUGCGCAAAUUACGAUGGAGAUCUUUUGUCGGUCCUCGACGUGGAAGCGCGGGGACACUUGCUCGUACGCAGCGGCGUCAUCGGGAGUUUUUGGCUCGGCCCUCCUGGGACACAAGGCCAAAACUGCACUUCGUGCUCCGUGUGGCUGGGAGGCAACGUGACGAUCCGAACGACGCCGUGCAGCGAUCAACUCGGCGGCUACAUUUGCCAGUACCCCAACGCGGAUCCUUGCGGCGGCGUGUCCCCAGCGGGAGACGCCCAGGUGAGCUACACAGCGCCGAUGGGCUUCGCGCUCAACACUUCGCUCCUCUUCCCUCGUGGCACAGUGGCGGUCGCGGGGAACACGGACGCCCUCCACCCGGACGCCAAGUACUUGUGCUUCGAAUCCAGUUGGCUGCGAGCUCCGUGGAACUGCGAGGUGAUGGGAGGCGGCUGCCAGCACCGGUGCAACUCCACGAGCGGCGCCUGCGCGUGUCCGCAGGACGAACACCUCCACGCCAACCUCAUCACCUGCGGCCGGGACCCGUGCGUCGGAGGCGCCCGCGCGUGCGAGUGCCGCGCCGGCUACACGCUGGCCGCGGACGGGCAGAGCUGCGUGGACGUGGACGAGUGCGAGCGGCCGGACGUUUGCGUGGGAGAGGGCGAGGAGUGCGCGAACACCCUUGGGGAGUUCGAGUGCGUGUGCAAAGAUGGCUUCGAGGAGCAGGAGGGGGUGUGUGUGGAUGUGAGCAUCUGUGCGAAAUGCGAGCACAUGCUGUGCGUCAAAUCCAAUGGCGUGUAUGCGUGUGCGUGUCGCGAGGGCUUCAGAGUGUCCUCGCGUGACCCCACGAAGUGCGACAUGUUCUGCGACCAGGCGGACUGCCCGGCCAACUGCAUCCCGAACCCCAAUCUGGUGGAGGGGAACAUGCACCAGUGCUUCUGUCCUGAUGGCUACAUCCAAGACAUCCGCAACAACACCGCCUUCUGCGCUGACAUCGACGAGUGCGGAAUUCUGCUGCAGUGUGAACACAUAUGCGAAAACCGAUUCGGGAGUUUCGAGUGUUCUUGUAAUGAGGGCUACAAGUUGUUUGACGACUACAUGUGCGUGCACCCGGAGGAGGACAAAUGGACGCCGCUGUACCCGACGCCUGCCGAGUCACGUCCGGCCGCCUUGCCGUCUUACGUCAAAGCGGGCAGCGUACUUGGCAUUAGCAUGUUCUUCUUGCUUUGCCUGGUGCUGCUCUACUUUCUGGUCCGGAACACGGCCAAGCGUUGCGGUAGCCUCGAGCUUUCCUCCCUCAAAGGGUCCGAUAUGGAUAUUUUCUACCUGCAGCAAGUCACCACGGAGACGUACAAGCGGUUAUCUUUUGACAGGCAGUCGAAAUGUGACUCGCAAAGACUCUAACCGCAACGCUGAUUCGCCUUAAGAUGCUACCAAAGCGACAGAUGCUGGAACUUAACGUGAUGCACGUACAACUAAAACACUGUUUUGUUUGGAAAUCAACUUUAUUAGAUUCAUGAAUGUGUUUCUCUUUUGGGGGGUUCAAUUGCCUUCUCAUGAUUAGAAAGUCUCCCUAUCCUUUAAUCUUCAAUAGAGAUUUCUUUUACCAAUCUAGCCCAUUUGGUAGAGGGGGGGGGGGGGGGGGGGGGGGUUAGCACCCCUAAACUUCAGACCCUAGAAUCGCCCCUGGUUAUAAUAGAAGAAACAAAAGGGUGAAUAUUAUGGUACUUUAAAAAAAAAUCUCAAGUUCAGAUCUCCAACAAGGCUUCCUAUAAUUGGCACACAAUUAGUCGCUGUCCAACUCAAACGUUGGAAGAUGUGUGCUUGUCAUUGGACGAUUGAUUGUAUUGAGAAAUUCAGGAACAUGUCAAGAAAUCUCACUUUGAAGUCUGGAUAUCCACCUAGACUUGGAUCUGCACCACAAUUCUAAGGUCAUCGAAAUUAGUAUUUUUCUUUUUUUUAAAACCUAACUAACAAACAAAACAUCUUCCUCUAUAUUAAGGCAAUGACAGUGGAGCUUCCCCAAAACCGAAAAUAACAAGUGCCCUAAUAUUCAACCCAUUUCGACAUAUUUGUUGUCAAUUUAAGCACAAAUUGAGUAAACCUUUUUUCCUCGUAUCAUUGAGUCCCGAAAACUUAAAAAGAUCAUCACGUCCCAUUCGUUUGUGACUGGACAAUUGAUGUACUUGCAGUUGUUAUGGCUUGGAAGUCGGACACCGGCUGAUUUACCGGGAUUUUUAACGUGAACUCGUGUAUAAUUGUGACUUCUCUCAAUUAGAAUUUCAGCGCACUCUAGCUUUAAAAACAUCAAGCUAAAAUAGGACAACAUUUGGGGUCAGUAUUUGAUGUUAUUAAUGUCGAGUGAAUGUGUUUGAUGCUGAUCUCAGUGUAAAAUAAUACACUUAACACCACUGAUCGUUACAAUUGCAAUAAUAAACAAGGUGUUUAAUUAAUACCUCUCUGAGAAUGUCAGUUUAAGAAGAGCAAUUUUUAACUAUGUACACAGCGAGCCUGGAUGUCGUUCGAUUAUGCAAGCGUACCUCAUGUUGCAGCUGAUGAGUGGAUAAUUUGUAGUAAUAAGUUGAUGGAUAGUCCGUGUUUGUAUUCGAGGAUGAAAUAUGCAUUUAAGCAGAACAUUACUGUCAAAAAGAAUUUGAAUGUAAAACUGUGCUGCUGUAUCAACUAACGAAUAAGGGCACCUUGUCAUUUUGUGCCCAAAAUCACAAUAGUGCAUCUGUAUAACAUCUAUCUACCUUUUUUUUUUUUUUUCAAUAUUAAAUGUUGAAUUACUGUAAUGUACCAUUGCUGAAAUAUAAGAAAACUGAAGUUUGCUUGAAAUGCAUUUAAGUUCACAGAAAAGAAAACAGCUGGUCACGUCAAGGUUACCAUUAUGAUGCGUCACUGUACUAUACAACCACAAUAAUUAGACCACUGUUAAAUUGAUAACGCUCUGACUGUGCCAAAACUGUGCAUUAUUAUCUUUAUAAAGGUAGAAACUUUCCUUGAAUGUCA